CUUUAUUUCCCCCUUAUUUUCGUAAAGUAUAAACAUAUACAUAGAAAUUAUUUUUCUUUAAACUGUGUCAAUAUGAAAGGAAACAAAAUUAUGAUGUUCGUAUUUUUAUGCAUUUUGCAUUUCACAUUGAACUUUUUCAGACUUUACCGCCGCAAAUUGAAAACGGAUGCAGAGAUGAAAAGACGCGGCAUAGUAUACUAAACAGUUAUUGAAUGAUUCCACGGCAUUCAUAAUACGAAAUAGACGGCCUGAAACAUUCAACAGCUGUUUAGUAUUGGAAGCACGCGAUUUAUCAAUUUCAAAACAAUGGAGUGUGUGAGUUGCCCAAAUUUAACAAACAAAUACAAAUGCAGCAAAUGCAUAGCUCCCUAUUGCUCUGUAAAUUGCUAUAAGAAACACAAGGAAUCAACGCAAUGCGAGGAACUCGCAGCUGCACAACGAGAAAAGGGUAGCCGCAAAGCAGAUAAUAGUCAAUCAUCAGUAGAGCAGGAGCCAACAUUGUAUGCUCCAUUCAGCACGGAAGAUACCAUUCCCCUUGCAUUGCUACAGAAAUUAAACAAUUGCGAGCCAUUGCGCCAACUGCUCUUGAAUCCCCAUUUGCGUGCACUGUUGCAGCAGAUUGAUGUGGCACACAAUGCCAACCUAACCAUGACAGCCGCCAUGCAGGAGCCCCUAUUUAUCGAAUUUGCCAAUGCAUGUCUGCAAGUUGUUGAGCCCUUAAGUGAUGCAGAACGCGCUGAAUUGCAAUUGUCCAGUUGAUGUAAACUGAGCAA